GGUUUCCUUUUCAAUUUUUUAUUGUUGGUUAGCUCAGUGCAGCUUAGUUUCCUUUUUAAAAAGAUUUGUUGUAAACUGUGCAAAACCUGUUAGUGUUCAAAAGUUUUUUAAUAUUUGUUCACAGUCAACGGCUUUAGUGUGUGUUAUGUGCAUAGAAGAGGAAAUUAAUACGCAAUAAAAGCAGAAAUGAUGGGCAAAAACCUUUAUUCGACUCUCACUAGUUCAGCCUUGGCAGCAUUGGCUUCUAUUGUCUCUACGACAACUCCCGCUGCAGCUUUAAAUAGCCCAGGUGUGGUACAAUCUUUUCUAACACUCGGUGACGGCAGCAGUAGCAGUAGCAGUAGUAACCAUCACAAUAACAAUCGCAAUAUUAAAAAUAAUAUUAUAAGCAAUAACUUCACUACCAGCAUUAAAGCUAAAAGUAGCAACUACCACAACAAGUAUAACGAUAAUUUUAAUCAUCAAAUGAAUACAACUUUAAUGGGCAGCUCUGCAACAAUUUUAAAUAGAAUAGAUGACUUGAUGAUCGAUCAUUUACCCUUACAGUUAAUAAACAACAAUAAUACACCCGCCACCACCAGCAGUACGAAUACAACUAAAAUGAAUUUCGACAUCGAGAUCGAUAUUCAGUUGCUCACAAACGAAUACGAACUGACCACAAUAACGACUUUCAACUACAAUGAAACCGCCUGGAUAAAUCCAUCAGAGGCGGACAUAAUAUUGGGUGAGGAUCAAGCAGUGGAAUCAUUAGUGUGGUUGUUAGUUGUUGGUAUUUUUCUAUCAGUUUUGAUCUUCUUGUCAAUAGCCGGAAAUAUACUUGUCUGCAUUGCCAUCUAUACUGAACGCAGUCUACGUCGCAUUGGAAACUUAUUUCUUGCGUCAUUAGCGAUUGCAGACCUGUUUGUGGCGUCGCUAGUAAUGACAUUUGCGGGUGUUAACGAUUUGUUGGGUUACUGGAUAUUUGGUGCACAAUUUUGUGACACAUGGGUUGCUUUCGAUGUCAUGUGUUCAACAGCAUCCAUAUUAAAUUUAUGUGCCAUAUCAUUGGACCGCUACAUACACAUCAAGGAUCCGUUAAGAUAUGGUCGUUGGGUGACGAGGCGUGUAGUUGUCAUCACUAUUGCUACGAUUUGGCUGUUAGCUGCCUUUGUCUCCUUUGUGCCCAUCUCACUAGGAUUACAUCGACCCGACGAUCAACCGUUAAUAGUUGAAGACAAUGGCAAAAAAUAUCCGACCUGUGCGCUGGAUUUGACACCGACAUAUGCGGUAGUUUCGAGUUGUAUCAGUUUCUACUUUCCGUGCGUGGUCAUGAUUGCCAUCUACUGUCGCUUAUACUGUUAUGCUCAAAAGCACGUAAAGUCUAUCAAGGCUGUUACACGACCCGGUGAAGUAGCCGAAAAACAACGUUACAAGAGCAUACGACGGCAGAAGCCACAACAAAAAAAAUUCAAAGUACGUAACCCGCAUAGUUCACCCUACCACGUGUCCGAUCACAAGGCAGCCAUUACCGUAGGUGUCAUUAUGGGCGUUUUUCUUAUAUGUUGGGUGCCGUUCUUUUGUGUCAAUAUUGUGGCGGCCUUUUGCAAGACCUGCAUAGGCGGUCAAACAUUUAAAAUACUAUCAUGGUUGGGUUAUUCAAAUUCCGCUUUCAAUCCCAUUAUUUACUCCAUUUUCAAUAAGGAAUUUCGUGAUGCUUUUAAACGCAUUCUAACUACGCGAAAUAUUUGGUGUUGUGCUCAGGAUGUGGUCAAUAUACAUCCACGUAAUAGUGAUCGUUUUGUUACCGAUUAUGCGGCCAAUAAGCAUGUGGUGACUAUGAAUUCGGGGCGUUCAUCCGCAGAACUGGAACAAGUGUCUGCAAUUUGACCAAAACGUACCGAUUAUACUACGUCCCUUGUAUGUUGUGUAUCCAGCUCAGAUGCUGCUGCUUUAACGACUACAACUUGUGCGGCAUGAGAUUCGCUUACAGUGGUCUCCACCAUGGUAGAGUCACUGGAUGAAAACAACAAAGUAGAAAAUAUGCAAAUGGAAACUGUUCUUGUGUAGAGAGUGAAAAAGAACAAACAUCAAUCUAUUGCACACUCACCCUCGCGCCAACAAAGGCAACCGAAUUACAGGGUAUGCAUUAAACAAACUGUUUUAUUUUCUUUUAAAAUCAAAACAAAAAUAUCAAAAAAGCUAGCGCAUGACUUGAAGAAGAUAUGAAUUUGCUAUGUAUUGAACGCAAUUAAAACAUAUUGCCACUUCCUCGAUUUAACAAUGUAAUAAGUAAAUCAUGUUAGGUAUUUAAAUUAAGACGAAAGAAGA